AUGGCUGAGGCUUUGAACAACACGAACACACCGUGGAUUACCAUUGGAACCCCACGCAACGCUGGUGCUUUCCGGGAACAUCAUGAUCCUGAAGGCCAGUUUUUGAAUCUUUCCAACCAAUUCCUGUUUUCUGGCUGGGGUUCCAUUUCUCAUAUCACGCUGUCCACCGAAGACCGUGCACAAGGAGACGAAACUCUUCAGCAGUUCCGUCGACAGGCAAUUCUGGGUCAGUUCACUGCCAGUGCCUUGGCCGGUAAUGACAUUCUUGGUGGAAUUUUUUAUACACUCCCGGCAAUCGUAACUGUCUCGAGUUGUGCAUACUGUUCUCCUAUUUCUUUGUUUAUCGCUACCCUGAUUCCAUUCCUCUGGCGCCCGAUUAUGGAAGAACUAGGAUCCGCAUUGCCUGCUAGUGGGGCGCCAUAUACUUACCUAAUCAAUGCUUCUACGAAGUCACUGGCCUUGGUAGCUGCUGCUCUCUUAAUAUUGGAUUUUGCAUCUACCUCGGUAGUAUCAGCAGCUACCGCCGCUUCUUAUCUGGCCGGAGAAGUCACUCUUCCCUUUCCAACGUCUGCUGGGGCAAUUCUGCUUCUAGUCUUAUUUACCAUAAUCGGCCUUUGUGGUAUGAAGGAAAGUUCACGCAUUGCAUUUGGAGUGUUAGCCCUUCAUCUCGUGACAAUGGCAGUACUUCUGAUUGCAUCAGCAGUUCAAUGGGGACGGGUUGGAAGUUCACUUCUAAAGGAGAAUUGGGCUUCCGGACAGGCCCCCUCUUCUAGCGCCAUCGCACGUGAUAUCUUUAAUGGAAUAUGCAUUGGCAUGUUAGGUUUAACAGGGUUCGAAUGUGCGCCUGCGUACAUUGCCAAAAUUCGACCCGGGCGUUAUCCAUAUGUGCUCCGUAAUUUGCAUAUAUCUAGCAUAAUUCUCAAUGCCGGGACAAUGCUUUUAGUUUUGGCCCUCGUACCUCUAGACGUUAUAUUGAACGGGACGAAUGUACUCAGCAUCCUUGCGCAAACGGUUUUGGGACGCUGGUUACGUAUCUGGGUUGUGGUGGAUGCCGUUGUGGUCCUCUGUGGUGGAGUGCUGACAGGCAUUCUGAGUGCCUCUGAACUUCUCGAACAGCUCUCGCGAGAUCGAGUCCUUCCACAGAUGUUCUUAAAAACGAUGCCGUUCACUCAUUCGCCUUACCUUGCCGUGCUCUUGUUUUCCGGUUUCAGUGCUAUUAUGUACGCUAGUACGGGUGCCCAGCUUUCUAUUAUAUCCAAGAUGUUUUCUCUCGUCUGGCUUACCGUGAUGACGUUGUUUCCUUUGUCCUUGAUUCUACUACAGUUUAAUCGAGGCAGAAUACCGCGUUCAUCGAAAACAUCACUCGCUUUGAUUUUGACUACCUUUGCGGUCGCCAUCACCGUUAUAGGAGGAAACAUAGCCAUUGAUCCUUUAAUUGCCGGUUACUCUGCUGCAUAUUUUGUAGCUAUCAUUUCUAUCCUACUUGCGACUCAAAACAAGACACGACUUCUCCACUGGACCUAUUGGGCAUAUGAUCAACAUCCCAUUCUCCACAAAAGCCGCUGGAUUCGACAGUGGAGCAAUAGCCUUAUCAAAUAUAUGAUCCAUCUACGGCGCCAACCUGUUUGCAUCCUGGCGAAAACUGAUGAGAUAAAUUAUUUAUUCCAAAUGGUCCUCUAUGUUUGUCAAAACGAAGAGACUUCUUGUUUGAAAAUUGUACACUUUUACAACGAGAAGGAGAAUAUACCCUCAGAACUAGAAGCUAAUUCUAAAAUCCUCGACGAAGCUUUCCCAGAAAUUACCAUUGACUUGAUGCUUGUUGAAAGUCCGUUUGAUCCUUCAACAGUUGCAGCUCUUGCCCAUCACCUCAAAAUCCCCCAGUCUCUGAUGUUCAUGAGUUGCCCUGGGGUUAACUUUUCUCAUUCGGUGGCAGAAUUUGGAACACGAAUUAUUAGCCUAUAAGUCUAGUGCCUUUGCCAUUAUCUAUAAAUUCUCAACAUAUGAAUGUACUGUAUACCAAGGGACUUCCAAAAAGUAGUCCCUGACCCCAAAAUGUGUAGUACCAUCCCCGACUCUUCCGAAGCAAGGGAGGGUUCUGUCGGACAGAAAAGUGCAGCUCUGUAUAUCGCGAUAUGCACGGUAACUUGCAAUUAUAAACUGUACAGCUCCAUAAUCUACAUGUACUAUUUAACCAGUGUGAACUUCUUUUUCUCUUUGACUGCUUUUAUCAGUCUUG